CUUGCGCAUACGCCCGCCCCCUAAACUACCAUCUCCACCCCCCCGGCCCAAACACGCCGCUGGAUGUUUCUCUUAUCACUCAGCGCGAGCCUCAACCCGAAGAGAAACCGUUCAGUAAUCACCUUUGUGCCACCACCGCAAAGUGACACCUUCGUCGGGCGCUCAAAUAUUCAUUAGUGACACACUUUUCGGAGGCAUCAUCGAAGAUGUCGUCUCCUAAGCCGGUUACCCACCAGCAGCACGAGCACAUCAAGAGACCCAUGAACGCCUUCAUGGUGUGGUCCAGGGGGCAGAGGAGGAAGAUGGCCCAGGAGAACCCGAAGAUGCACAAUUCGGAGAUAUCGAAACGUUUGGGGGCCGAGUGGAAGCUGUUGAGUGAGUCGGAGAAGAGGCCGUUUAUCGAUGAGGCUAAGAGGCUGAGAGCACUCCACAUGAAGGAACACCCAGACUACAAAUACCGCCCCAGAAGAAAGCCAAAGCCUCAGCUCAAGAAAGAAACCAAAUUCGGUUUCUCGAUAGGACCCCUUCUCUCACCAUCCAUGGAAAACCAGAACCUUCAAAGGACAAUGAUGCCACCCAUAUCCGCAGCCACUGGCCUACCGUCACUGCUACCAACAGAUACCGACUCGCUGAAACUCCCAUCAUCCCUCUUCCCCUCAUUCCCCUACUUCAACCAUUUCCGUUAUCCCGACGAAAACAAACUGAGAGAAUUGGCGCUGUUCUACAGCAACAACCAUCUGUAUUCUCCAGGUCUGGACUGGCCCAACCUGAUAAGGAACGUCACGAGUCCCGCCUGCAACUUCUGCCCUCCCAGUUUUCCCCACAGGACUCCCAGUCCCGAGAACAUGAAACGGCCCGUCUGCGUCAUCAUGAAGAACGAGGACUUCAGGAGCGACCAACUAGCACCCGCGCAUGUCAUUUGAAAACCGCUUCCGGUUCUGCCGGAACGGUUGAGCCUUGGAAGUUGGUUUAGUGAUAUCGCCAAUCUGGCGACCAGUUCUGUCAAAACGCCGUCCGCCACAGUGACAAGUGAAUAUCAAGAUAGUAUGUCCGAGAGAGAUACGAAGAGUCCAUAGGAAUCGGGAAAAUUUAGUAUACGUGCACAUAUCAAACGAAUAGAAUGUUAUAUAGUUAAAACUGGAAGAAAUCAACCAAACUGGACGAUAAGUGAUGAAAUGAAGCUACACGCGCUAUGGAUAUUUCUCUAGAUAUUCGUUCGGUAAAUUAGUACCAACCUCUGAGUGUUACAAAUAACAUACUUAUAUAAACUUGUUGAGUUCGAAAUUUCAGUGUUGAAAUGAUUAUUGAUUCUCUUAAAUGACUCAAAAUUGCAAUUGAAUCCAAGCCAUAUCAACGAAAUCGUAAUUGCAUUCAAGAGAAUAAUAUAAUAAUAGAAGCAAGUCAUAGGAAAGACGUUGUUUGAUCCAAGACUUAAUAUAAUCAUGUUCUUUGUUAACUAAGUUGUUUAUUGUGGAUAACACCAAAAUAGUUCAUUGAAGAAAACAGCACCACUUCAUUCCUUCAUAUUUGAAAUAACAAUUGAAUUUUCAUCAUAAAAGUCAUAAAUUUCUGACAUAACAAGGCUAAUAAAAUAAAAUUAAUUACAGCUGUUAUAUAGUAAACAUAAAACUCAUCAAAUAAAUUUAUCUACCUGAUGAUAUUCAUAGUGUGUGUAUUUUCAAAAGUGUAAACUCAUCAAUUUCGAUAAAGUGUAAUAUUUUGAAAUGGUAGAUAUAUACAAAAUGUUGUUCAAAAAAUACCAGAUUCUCGAGAAAAGAUGAUUUGAAUCGGAAGUAAAUAAGAUGGAUUAGUGCAAUUGAAUUUGUUUUUGUAAAUAAAACUUCCACUUCACUAAAAUUGUUAACUUCGAGGAAACUCUUUCUUAUAUACAGGUUACUGCAACAGUAGCGUGGUACUCCAUAUCUGUAUUUUUUAUUGUUACCUCAUAGCUUGAGCAAUACGUAAUAUUUAGCGUUAAAUUGUUGCAGUACCCUAUAUGUAUUUAGGAAAAUGUUUCACAAGACUAUUCGUAUUGUUUCCUGUUAUUUUCAUUUCGAUAUUUUUUAUUAUAUGUGGAUGUUAAUGUUGAUUUGAUGGCGUUGUUUAAUAUGUAUAUUAAACUUGUAAAUAACUGACACAAAAAGAUCGUUAUGAAGUAGAAGCACCAUUUCUGUUAUAUAUUGUACAUACUUAAUUAAUGUGAUUAUUUUCUGUUUUAUGUUUAAUAAAUGAUAGAUGACAUGUGGUUCCAUUUU